GGUCGCGAAGAGACCUUAAAUAGUUGAUAUUUUGCAGGCGUAUCUCGAAACGUUGAUUGGCAUAUCCCGCCAUGUUUUAGUGCGUACUUUUGACGCAGCAGCACUUUCGCUAUGAACGGAACGCUUGUGGUGAUUUUAUUAAAAUUCUUUUCGUAAGGUGACACAAAUAAAGCUGAAAGUACUAAAUUAUGGAAGAAAUUGGAAAAGAUACCGGUCAUAAGGCCAGCGUUUCUAUGCCUUCUUUAGACGCUACAGAUUUUCCAGUUCCAACCACAACUUCUUCGGCUUCGAAUGCAGACCAGACGCCUUGUGAAUUUACUUCUGCAGAGUCGUCAGUCGUUCCAGAUCCUUUAGCAUCCGCAUCAGACAUUAUUACAUCUGAUUCUGUAUCAUUCAGUUCCAUUGAUACAGCCUCAAUAGAAACCACUCAGUCUGUAGAAGUGGGCUCCGCUGAGGAUAAUUCAGACGCUGUAGUACAACAAGAAGAGGCCCUUGAUACUCAGGUGGAGGAAGACCCUUCUAUAGCGAUUGAUCAAUUUAUCAAGAAGAUUGCUGAUGAGCAGCUUAGUUCUAAACGUAUUGGAUCACAAGAUAUUGAUAACAAUGAUGGAGACAAAGGUUUAGAUACAAACGAGAAAGAAAACAGUGAGGGUUCUCAAAAAGACACUGAUAGUUCAGAACAAAUUCCGGUACUUGUGAGUGAAACUAAUGAAUUAGAAGCAAAUUUCUCCUUGUCAGAAACAAUAACAGCGGAAGAUACAUUAAAUGAAAAUACAAACCUCGAUACAGAGGCUUCAAAUGAAAAGGUUUCUGAGACAGUAUCGAGCAAGAAUUUGGGAGUGAGUGAGAGUAAAGAAGCAGAGUCUAUGGAAGUAGAUAGUGAGACUCAGAAACAAUCAGCUGAAAUGACCCAGAAGAAGGACUCAACAAUUUUAUCAGAUGUAGAAUUUAUGCAGACUGAAUCUAUAGAAGAGAUUCAAAAGGAAAUCGACAAGAUGCCCCCGAAAAAGAAUUCAGAAAAUACACAAAAUGGUAAAUUUGACGAAUCGGUAACUAGUGAGCCACCCGAGGAAAACGUAGAGCAAAUAUUAAACGAUGGUCUUGGAGAAAAACCCGAUGAGCCAGUAUCAACUGAUUCCUAUAGUGAACAGGAUACAUCUGGAGUAGCUAGGGAUCAAGUUCUUAUUGAAAAGGCACAAGAAGAGAUAAAAAAGCUUGAUGUGCUGGUUUGUGGUGAGUGCCACAAUUCAUUUAUUUAUAUUGAGGAAUUUAGUGAACAUAAAGAUGGCAAAUGUUCUAAAAAGUCGGCCAUUACUGCUGCAUGUGACAACGAUGGUAAACCUCAAGUGUGGGGUUACGUUUUGUGGAAAACAAAACAAACUAAGGAUCUUGGUGAGAAUGCAUUAUCUGCUUGGACGUUGUAUCAAAAAUGGUGCAAAUUGCCUGACGAUAAUAAGACUGCAUGGAUUACCGCCGGUCAGUCCAUACAGUAUGCUACGAAAAUUGCAAACGCCAAAGUAACAGAAAUUAAAGGGAGACAGAACAAGCAAGUUAUGGUUCAAAAGGUUGAUGAGCCUCCGCGUCCAUUACCUAUAGAGUUUGUUGACAGCAACAAGGAGAAUUCUGACGACUUGGAAGAGGACAGCUCACCUAGCAAGUUUGUCAAAAAAUCAAUAAACGUACCAGUCAAAUUGAAUAAUGAUGUCACAAUUUUGCCAAGUAAUAAGGUUGGAUCUGGUGGUUCUGAUCGUACCAAUACUGCAAUUAGGACAACCAAGGUUCUGUCUACGCAAAAACAGGAGUACGUGGUGGAGAAAAUUGUGGCUAAGAGAUUCAAUCCCAGGAGGAAAACAUGGGAGUAUAACAUCAAGUGGGAGAACUUUCCAUCUGAAUCAAACACUUGGGAGCCUGUAACCAACCUCACCCACUGCAAAAAGAUGCUGGACCAGUUCGAAGAACAACUGAAGCGAGUUAAGGAGGAGAAAGCUAAACAGCUGCAAACCACUCCCAAAGGCCGAGGCAGGCCUCCGACUAAGUACAAGACGACCCCGGCUCAGCAGUACGUCCCUAUCGCUCCGAAAAUGUCUAUCGCUCCAAAGAUCAGCAAUGUGGUGGGCGGAGUUAGCGAUGAUUACGGUGGCGAAUCUUCUAGCGGACGUCCACAAAGGUCCAGCAAGCAAAAGGCUCUGAACCAAGUGAAGGCUUGGUGCGGUAACAUUUCCGAUGACGAUUCUACUGGCGUUAAGCGCAGACACGAGGACGACAGUGACGAAGACUAUGACGACAAACGAAUCAAACUCGAAGAGGAUUCAGAAGAGUCUGACAAGGAAGUUACCAAACCGAAAAUGACCAUCAAAAAAGAGUAUUUUCCAGUGCCCAAAACUCCCGCUGUGACCGUGAAGAACGGUAGUACCGGCACGACUCAGCAGAUCUUGCCCUCCAACAUUUUGAUUCCCGACGCCAAUGGAGUGGUACGCAUCAAUCAGAAACAACUGCCUGCUCUUAGUUCCGGGGUUUAUAUCAUGUCAAAAACUGCAGGUAUUAUUAAAUUGGAUUCAUCCACGUCCAAAGUAGCCACGAGCGGUGGACAGACUAUUGUCAAAGUGGCGCCAAAGAUUGGACAGACGCAGAUCAAAAUCGUCAAAAAGGAUGGCAACACUACCAAGCAGAUAAUACAAGUCUCUCCAAAAACCAGUGUUUCAUCUACACCAGUGAAAGUGACACCAGUCAAAGUGACGUCACAACAAAAGGUAACUCCCAGAGUACGCAAAAUCUCCUCGUCCGGCGAGAGCGUGGCCAAGGUACUGAAGAAACUCGCCGAAACGACGUCGACGACCGUCGCCGCCGCAGUGACCAAGGUCCAGGGCGAGCCGGACAAGCAGCGCGUCGAAGACGAGUCGGACGACGGCCUGGAACCCUUGCCCUUCCCCUCGGAGGACGAGCCUCUUCCGGAGCCGGAGAGUCCCCAGGGGGAGUUCCUGCUGGAUCCCUCCACCGGUAAGAUCGCCGGCAGGGAGUACGUGGACAAGCCGGUGGUGAUCAAGGAGGAGCCGGCGCCUGCCCCUCCUACUACGAACGAGUUGGAGAAUAUCGUGAAGUUGGCGGCGGCCGAUAUUACGGAGGAGGAUCUGGAGGGUGAUAUUCAGAACGAAAGCGACCCGCUGGCUCUGGAAAUCAAAGAAUCCCACCCAUCUCCAAUUCUUCAUAGUAUUAAAUCAGAUCCCAAUACGUCCGGCAUCAGACGAGUGGUCAAAUAUACAACCGGUCAGGGUAUAACCGAAGGUUCUAUUUUGAACAAGGCAUUGACUCAAGGCAAUCAAAGGGCUAUUAUAUCUCCUCUCAAAACAAGCACGCCUCAACGUGGUAGAGUAGUUCAGCAAAAAAUUCUCAAUUCUUCCAUUGGUCAGAGAACUCCGCAGCCAAAACCCGUGGUGAGGCACGUUAUAACUCCACAAACUGGACAUGGUAACGUAGGACGUCCCAGGGCUGUUGCCCCCAAACCUAGAUUCAACUUGACCCCUCAAAAGCCUCUCCCAUCACCUCUUCAACCUACUAGGACUUACUCUACCCUGGGUGGACCACGUCAGGCCGCUGCAGCAACUAACAAAGUCCAAGUUUAUUCUACAAAGAGCGUUUCAGCUCCUAUCGGUGCAGGUCCAAGAAAAAUUGGAGGAACUACUGUGGUCAGAUCUGGUGGCCCAGCAAGUGCUGUCCAAAAGACACCGCAGUACGCGCAAAGACAGCAGCCCGCUACCAGAAUCGUUCAAAGAGUGGUCACUACCACCAGGAAAUCCGACGGAACCAUCAUCAGUACCAGGACAUCGCCCGCUAAGGUGGUCCAGAAUGUACUGUCUAAACCCAAAGCUGUUAUAAGUAUGCCCAGUUUGACAGAUGACGAUUCAGCUGUCGGUACUCUCACAAAGACCCAGAAAGUCCUCAGUCCCAAGAAAGCCGUAUCUACGCCCGUCGCUGUUGUUAAACAGGAGAUUCAAACGCCGGUAGUAACCGCACAAGAAACAGCGUCUGCCGAAACCCCUGUCGCUCAAGCCGAAGCGGUCACUGACUGGUCGUCAUUCACGAUGGCCGACGGUGACAAUCCCAUUUAUAUCACCGGCGACGACGGUACCAUCUACCAAGUAGCUGGACAAAACGAACAGGGACAGACCAUAUUGAUUACGCAAGGUCCGGACGGACAACAGCAAUGUCUGUUGGUCACUAACGAGAUUGGCGAGGUUCAACCUGUAGAGGAGGCGGCGGGAACUAGUGAGGCCAACCCAGGAUCGGUGUUGGGCAUAUCAGAGGAGGCCCCUCUUAUGGCAUCGCCAACUGAACAACCUGUUCCGGUAUCUAUAGCGACAGCAGUGACCCAAGAUAACGCUAGUAAUAUAGUGCACGCCCCACUACACAUCAAAACUGACAGUACCGAAGACACUAUGGAAGGUAUCGAGGAGGGAAUGCAGGAUCAGGUCGUAGCCCAGGUGGUCAGAGCCGAACCUCCAAGCCCAGGUGGCACGCAUAAAGUUGUGGUUAUGUUACCCGACGGCAAUCUGAUGAUGACCCAAGUUUCACCCGAAGAAUACGCUAGUUUAGAAUUAGAGUAACUUCUAUGUUAAAUAUAAACGUAAUUUUUGUGCAUUUUCUGUUCAAAAAAUGUUCAUUUAGUUUUCUUUACACAUUGAAAUUGGUUUUAAAUUAUUUCUUUUUCACCCCAAAAUAACUUUGCAGUUUUCGGGAAGUUAUAUUUUUCCCUUUUAUACAUUAUUAAGCUGCCUAGUUAUUUUAUUUUGUGAACUGGGUGCGAUGUUCUAUGUAACUGUACAAAAUAUAGCUGUAGCGUAGUUAAGUAGUGUAGCAGAUUGAAUUUAUCUUUAAAUAGUUAUAUAUCUCGUAUUUUAAAUGGUUGUUGUAUUGACAUUUUAACUUUAAAUAUUUUUUUUAUCUAUUUAUCACGAUACUUCAACGUCAUAGAUGGUUUAUUGUCCAGAGAACUUGUUUUUUUUUAAAUAUAUUUGACUUGAGUAAACGCAGGUCAUAUUUUUGCAGAUUAAAUUAGGGAGAAAAAUGUAUGUAAAACGCUCGAAGAAAAUUUAUGUAAAUUUUUUGUAAAUAUUGUCUACCUAUGUUAUUCUAGGUAAUAAAUCAUCAAUAAAGUUUUUUCUAGUAUUUAAA